AUGGGCCCCAAAGACGAGAAGAAACCGUUGUUGGGCAACAGCAACGCCGACAAUUCCCGACCAGAAAAAGAAAAAAAUGUCACCCGUUACCGGAGUCUGGAACAUUCCAACGGAACGGGCACCAAUAAACAAGUCAACCACAGCAUCACGUAUACGUGGACAAACAUGAACGUGUACACGAAAAACGGCAAAAGUCAAAACUUUUACGAUUCGCUCACGUCGUGCUGUUCAGGGAGUCUUAAAAACAAGACUGAAAAAAAACAAUUAUUAAACAACGUGAGCGGUUCGGCGCGACCAGGCGAACUGUUGGCUCUGAUGGGAUCCAGUGGCGCCGGCAAAACGACCUUGUUGAACUCGCUGACAUUUAGGAGCGAUAACAACGUGUCGGAAUCUGGAGUUAGAUCCAUCAACGGCAUACCGGUCAACAGUAAAUUGCUGACGGCCGUCUCCGCGUACGUCCAACAACACGACCUGUUCAUAGGGACGCUCACGGUCCGAGAGCACUUAAUAUUCCAGGCGAUGGUGCGAAUGGACAGACACAUACCUUACGAAAAACGGAUGGCUCGAGUUGAAGACGUCAUACAAGAGCUGUCAUUGAGCAAAUGUCAAAACACUAUCAUCGGUGUGACCGGCAGAAUAAAAGGUUUAUCUGGUGGUGAAAUGAAACGUUUAUCGUUUGCAUCCGAGGUGUUGACAGACCCUCCGCUGAUGUUCUGCGACGAACCGACUUCGGGACUGGAUUCGUACAUGGCGCAAAACGUGGUUAGCGUGCUCAAGUCGAUGGCGUCCAAGGGCAAAACAAUCAUUUGCACCAUUCACCAGCCGUCGUCCGAGGUGUACUCCAUGUUCGACAAGAUACUGUUGUUGGCCAGCGGGCGUACAGCUUUCCUGGGCACUCCCAACGAUGCCAUCGAGUUUUUCAAAACGCUCGGCGUCAGCUGCCCGAAGAACCACAACCCGGCGGACUUUUUCAUUCAACUGUUGGCCAUCGUACCGUCUCAAGAACUGUGCUCGUACGACACCAUCGACACGGUUUGCGAGGCUUAUGAGGGCUCAAACUACAAGAGUGAAAUGAUCGAACACCAAAAACAGUUGUUCGCCGCCAGCAAAAGCUCAAUGGACUAUUGGGGCUCGACCGGUCUGGAGAACGUCUCGUCGCCGUACAAAGCGACGUGGUUGGAACAGUUUUCGGCGGUCUUCUGGCGGUCGUGGCUCAGUAUCAAAAAGGAACCAGCCCUCACCAAAAUCAGGCUCAUCCAAACGAUGUUGGUAGCCGCUCUGAUAAGUUUCAUAUUCUACAACCAACACUUGGACCAAGACGGAGUGAUGAACAUUAAUGGAGCCCUGUUCAUGUGCAUAUCUAACAUGACGUUCCAGAACGUGUUGGCCGUUAUUAACGUAUUCUGUUCCGAACUUCCGGUGUUCAUGCGCGAACACCACAACGGCAUGUACCGGACGGACGUAUACUUCCUGAGCAAAACCCUUGCCGAGGUACCAAUAUUCUUGGUCAUACCAAUACUGUUCACGUCCAUCAUGUAUUACAUCGUGGGUCUAAACCCGAAGUUCAUACACUUCCUCACGGCCGUCCUUUUCAUAACGCUCGUCAGUCUGGUGGCCGUUUCGUUCGGUUACUUCGUAUCGUGCGCCAGUGGUUCCAUAUCGGUCGCACUUUCAGUGGGGCCCACGAUCGUCAUACCUUUCUUGCUAUUUGGCGGUUACUUCUUGAACGUCGGAUCAAUUCCGUAUUACUUCCGGUGGCUGAGCGUCUUCUCGUGGUUCAAGUAUGCCAACGAAGGGCUGCAGGUCAACCAGUGGGCAGACAUCGACACCAUCCAGUGCAACAGAGCGAACACGACGUGUCCUCGUUCCGGUCACGCCGUUUUGGAGUCGAAUAGUUUUCUAGAGUCAAACAUCACCAUGGACAUAAUUUCACUAUUUUUAUUAGUCAUCGUCUUUCGGUUUAUGGCGUACUUAUCACUCCUGGCCAGAACGGUGAGGAAGUAACAUACACGAAAUAAUGUUUUCAACGGUUCUGGAAAUUCAUCACUGCCACAACUGCGUAUAACAUACCUACAUAAUGUUUGUAAAAAAAAUCGCCAAGGGCAUACACUACGUAGAAUUAAAAUAUAGAUCCUGCAGAGAAUAAGGAAAACUAAAUACAUUAAUAUAUUUAUACAAUUAUACAGGAUAAGGUCGCAUAGUGUUGUACAUAAAUUAUUUUACAAAAGAUAGUAGAAAGAAAAAUAAUGUAAUGUAAUUUUAAUUUAAUUUAAACAAAUAACUACAUAAUAUAGUUAGAUGCCAUGUCAUUAUUGUGCGUUCAUCAGUUGAAGACAUUCUAAUCUCUGAAACUUCAUUUCUAUAAUUAAUAAAUUGGUUCUUAAGUAACUUUAUUUUUUUUACAUUUUAUUAUUUAAAUUUAAGUAUCAGAGUGCCUGAGUGCCAUAGCCAGAGUGAAUGCCCGUGACUGUACAUUUCACUCAAAAUCUCAUGUUUUUCUUAUUAGAUAAAUACACUCAACCACACUGAUAAAUCUUAAUAUAUAAUAUUACUAGUUUACCUAUAAUUGUGUAUAUUAAAGUUACCCCCCCCCCCAUUCGAAUUUAAACCUAAAAUACGGUACUAGUAUUUGGUGAACUAAAAUAAAGUCAGUUGUUUGGUAUUUAAUCUGACUUUUUUAAUAGUAGUCGUGAUUAUUUUAAGAGUAUACAUUUUAUGUUUGUUUGAUGAUUUUUUUUAUAAUUAUUAUAAUUAUUACUAUUAUUAUUAUUAUUAUUACCUUAUAUAAUACA